GUUCAUUUUAAGUGACGUCGACCAAGUUUGUGACUUUUAUUGAGUGAAUUUCUAAAAUAGCUAACAAAAGUGCAUUUGUCGAGAGCGCGUUGAAGCAUCUAUUUAUGUUUGAGCCGUAACAUGAACAGCAGGCCACAACAGCUCUCAAGAAGUCAAGAUAACCAAGAUGCCUAGAAAAGCGCCAUCAUCAACACUUUCGGGUGCUUUGUCAUCUUUUGUUGUGAAGUAUUUACGUAAGCCAAAAAAAAAAGAAAACUUGAUAUGUCCAAUGUCAUGCACCUUUAUACGUUAUUGUCCAUCAAAUGAAUGAUUGCAUCCAAUGAAAAAGGUGUUUUAUUAGAAUCAUACUAUGAAUGUAUACCUUUCAAUAGCUUUUCUUUCUUUUUAUCGAUCAUGUCAACGGCACAACAAACAUCUGAUGUUUUAUGCACCAGCAAUGACCCCAACCACCCUGCCAACUUGAUUCCUGAGUUAUGUCGCUUAUUCUAUCAAUUAGGUUGGGUCACUGGUACGGGUGGUGGCAUUAGUGUUCGACAAGAUGAUCAUGUCUAUAUUGCUCCCUCAGGUGUUCAAAAAGAACGCAUGGAACCUCAUCACUUGUUUGUGAUGAAGUUACAGGAUCGUACUGUGAUCAGGAAACCCUUGGAAUUCAAGCCUUCUGCCUGUACACCUUUGUUCUAUAAUGCCUAUACAAUGCGUGAUGCAGGUGCUUGUAUCCAUACUCAUUCUCAGCAUGCUGUGAUGGCCACCUUGAUGUUUCCAGGCAAGACAUUUGAGAUAUCUCAUCAAGAAAUGAUCAAGGGUAUUCGUAUUGGUUCCACCAAAAACAACUUGCGUUAUUUUGAUAAACUGGUGGUACCUAUUGUUGAAAACACACCUGAAGAAGAAGAUUUGACAGACAGAAUGGCUGCUGCUAUGCGAGAAUACCCUGAUACCAAUGCUGUCCUUGUGCGUAGACAUGGUGUUUAUGUAUGGGGUGAAAACUGGCAAAAGGCAAAGACCAUGACGGAAUGUUAUGAUUAUUUGUUUGAAAUUGCUGUCAAGAUGAAAUCCAUUGGUAUUGAUCCUGCUGUGAAGCCAGAAAGUGAGCCUGAUUAUGAAUAAAUUAAAAUAAUUUUUUUCCGUUUAUUUUU